CACGAUUUUACUUAACUAGUGACCGUCUGUCGUAAGAUUCAAAUGCCGAAAUGAUGACGGCAGCUGAGAUGCCUUCUGUGUUUUGUGUCGCAUGCAACCCAUACCCAGAUAACUGGGUUUCCAGUCGUUUGUUAAUCACCUUCUAGACCACAAAAAAAAAAGAAAAAAAGAAAAGAUUGGCAAAAGCGUAUCUGCUGCCAGGAGGGUUAAUCUUUUUACUGAUGUGUUUAAUGCGAAAUGAAGGAAGAUGCACCCAAACCAGAUGGCCGUAAGGUUAAACCGGAAACUGACACUUGUUACAGUCACACUAGCAAGUUGCUGAGCUUCCACCUGUUCAGUGAGAACUCGUACCAAGCCCUUCUGGUCAGGGAACAGCAACAAUUGGCCAAACAUGAGGAGCGACAGAACACAGCGCAGAAAGCUCAUCUGGUCGGAGGAGAGCUCAUAUUUGGCAAUGAGGAAGAGGAGGAAGAUGUCAUUGUUCCUGAUCCUAAUCUUCGCGAAGGAAAUCUUCUCUUGGAAAAUUAUGGAAUCUUUCCAACUUCCUAUAUUGGAAAGCCCAUUGAAGAAAUUGACCCAGGAAUUACUGAAAAGACUUUCGUCAUCAUUUCCACACGGAUGGGCAAGAGAUACAUCAAUCGUUUCUCAGCAACCCGGUCUUUCUUUCUGUUCCCGCCUUGGAAAUUGUUUCGGAAGAUGGCCAUCUAUAUUGCAACGAACCAAUUCUUUGACUAUUUUAUUAUUCUCACCAUUCUAACAAACUGUGUCUUUCUGGCCAUGCCAAACAUGAUGUUCACCGAAAUGUCAGAAUAUGUCUUUCUUGCCAUCUACACCCUUGAAAUGUGUGUUAAGGUGACUGCUAGAGGUUUCUUUCUUGACCAUUAUACAUAUUUACGAGAUCCGUGGAAUUGGUUGGAUUUUAUUGUCAUUGUUUCAGCGUUUCUUACUUUAACCAUACAGUUAGCAGAUAAAAAUCUGGAUAUUGGAAACCUACAGGGUCUCCGGACUUUCAGAGUUCUUAGAGCACUGAGAACAGUGUCAAUUAUACCAGGGUUGAAGACAAUUGUAGGAGCACUACUUCGGGCUUUCAAAAUGUUGGUAGAUGUGAUAAUGUUGACGAUGUUCUGUCUUAUGGUGUUUGCAUUGUUUGCACUUCAAGUGUACAUGGGCGUGUUGCGACACAAGUGCGUGUUGGACAUUAAAAACUAUACAGCCACUAACUCAAUGAGUUAUGAUGCAUACUAUAAUCUUCACAUUAGGAAUAAUAGCAACUGGUAUCUAGACAAGAAUGGUGGUUACCUGCUGUGCGGGAACAUCACUGGAUCUGGCAAGUGUCCAGAAAACUAUACUUGCCUUCCAGACAUAGAUGAAAACCCAAACUUUGGAUAUACCAACUUUGACCACUUUGGAUGGGCUAUGCUCAAUUCCUUUCAGUUAUUAACUUUAGACUUCUGGGAAGAUACAUACGAUAAGAUCAUCCGAGCCACUGGGCCAUGGAACCUUGUGUUUUUUGUGAUGGUCAUAUUCCUCGGAUCGUUUUACCUCAUAAACCUGAUGCUGGCUGUAGUGGCCAUGUCCUAUGAGGAGGAGGCGGUCUAUGCUGGAAAGGAAAAAGAACGGGAAUUGAAUGCAAAACAAAAGAAAAAGCCUAAUCCGAUUUAUGAGUUAGCGAAAUUAACUGUUAACAAGCGUGUUUCAUCCAACAAUGAGGGUAAACACAAGACUGAUGAUAGUGCGCGAGAUUCUCCGUCGAAGCAUAAAGGAUGGUCACACAUGCUAGAGAACAAAAUGAAGCCUGGGGAGAAACCCAAGGACCCUGUUAACCCUUUAAAACCUAUGGUGAAAAAAGUAAGCAAAGAUAGCGGAUAUUCGUCUCGGAGUCAGAAUAGCGGAGCAAAGUCCAUCAAGUACGAUAGUCACGAACAUCUGAAUAACAUUGAAUCGGAAAGCGAGGCUAGCGGAAGUGGUGUUGGCAUUAGGACCACUGUAAAAGAUCUCAUUAAGCAAGAGAGUCGUGGAAAUGAUUUGGCAAGACAAAAAGAAAUGGAAAGACUAAAAUUGUCUGCAUCCAGUAUUAUGGAGGAAGAUUCAUCAAUGAACAAUAGUAAUACACAAGAUAAAAUAGGGGAAAAUGUCAUAAUAAAAGCCGAGGACCUGGAUGAUUGGGAUUCCGACAAGGGGGACAAUGUGUUCAUCGACCGGAACUGCCAUUGCUGUCGGCGGUGUUGUGUGUGUUUCAUACCGUGGCUCAAGUUCGAACGUCUUCUCUACACCUUCACGGCCGACCCUCUGUUUGACCUCUUCAUCACUAUCUGCAUCAUCCUCAACACUGUCAUCAUGUCCACGGAGCACUACGGCCAGCCCAUUGAACUGGAGCAAACUUUGAAGAUUUCCAACUAUGUAUUCACAUUAGUCUUCACCACUGAAGCAUGUUUGAAGAUACUGGCUCUAAACAAGUGGUACUUCAAAAGCAGCUGGAACCUUUUUGAUCUCACCAUUGUGAUUGCUGGUUUGGUGGAUUUAGCCCUUGAGGACAUUGAUGGCUUGUCAGUGAUAAGAAUAUUCAGAUUGCUGCGUGUGUUCAAGCUGGCCCAGUCGUGGCCGACCAUGAGACUGCUGCUGUCGAUCAUCCUCAGCACUCUGGGAGCGCUGGCCAAUCUGACCGUCGUUCUCGGAAUCAUCCUCUACAUCUUUGCUGUUAUUGGGCUUCAGCUCUUCAACACCAAAUACACUGCUGACAAGUUUGCUCCAGAUUUGCCUCCUAGAUGGAAUUUUGAUGACUUUGGUCAUGCAAUUGUUAUGGUGUUUCGUGUGCUGUGUGGAGAAUGGAUCGAACCGCUGUGGGACUGCAUGCGCGCUGCUGAUGAACUGUGUAUGGUUGUCUUUCUUCCCACCCUCGUCCUGGGAAACUUUAUUGUACUGAACCUCUUCUUGGCCUUGUUACUGAACGCAUUUGCAACUGACACAUUGGGAAAGAACAAAGAUACCAAAGAGGCCAACAAAUUUUUCAUAGCAUGGCAACGGAUUAAAAACCUUUGUUGCUGCAAAACUGUUCAAAAUACUGUGAAACCACUGAAUGAGAAAACUGCAACUGAUGAUGGUGCCGAAUCGACUCACGAAUGUGAAGAGACCAAGGCUUAUGCUCGAUUUCACGAGUUUCGAAAGUUUCUUCUGCUUAUUGUGGAUCAUAAGAUUUUUGAAACCAUUGUCCUCAUUGUUAUCUUUGCUAGCAGUAUCACUUUGGCAUUUGAAGAUGUGUACCUGGAUGAAAAUGUAGUGCUAAAGGAGGCUCUGAACUACAUGAACAUCAUAUUCUGUGUGCUGUUCUCCAUCGAGAUGAUCCUCAAGUGGUUCGCCUACGGUAUCACCAAGUACUUCACCAGCUUCUGGACGCUACUCGACUUUGUCAUUGUUGUGAUCUCAGUCAUCAGCCUGGUGUCCGAACUGCUUGGCAUCAGUAACAUCACCGCCUUCAGGUCCCUGAGAACACUCCGAGCUUUGCGGCCACUUCGCGCCAUAUCCAGAUGGCAGGGAAUGAAGGUAGUUACCAUUUGUGAAUGCUUGAUGAUGGCCAUCCCAGCUAUCGUGAAUGUGCUGCUUGUCUGUCUGGUUUUCUGGCUCAUAUUCAGCAUCAUGGGCGUACAGUUCUUCGCUGGCAAGUUCUUCAAGUGUGUCGAUGCAGACGGCAACAAAUUACUGCCAACAGUCGUUGCCAACAAGAGUGAAUGCUUUGCAAAGAACUACACUUGGAAAAAUUCUAAGGUCAACUUUGACAGUGUUCUUAGUGGCUAUUUGGCACUGUUUCAAGUGGCUACAUUUGAAGGAUGGAUGGAAGUGAUGGAAGAUGCUAUUGAUGCCACACAGAUUGAUCAACAACCUGCACGUGAAAAUGGCUUCUAUUACUAUUUCUACUUCAUCAUCUUUAUCGUCUUCGGCUCCUUCUUCACGCUCAACCUCUUCAUUGGUGUCAUCAUCGACAACUUCAACGUUCUCAAGAAAAAGUAUGACGGCAGCUAUCUGGACAUGUUUCUCACAUCCAGCCAGAUGAACUAUUACAACACACUGAAGAAACUGGGCAAUAAAAAGCCACAGAAAACCAUUAAGAGACCCAAGCUGAAAUGUCAAGCCUUUUUCUUCGAUAUUGCAUCAAGCACCAAAUUUGAGCUUCUUAUCGUGUUGAUAAUUUUCCUCAAUAUGAUUGUCAUGGCAAUAGACCAUUAUAAUGAAUCGGAUUACAUAGUGGAAAUACUGAAUAUACUGAAUGUUGUCUUCACGUCGAUCUUCACCCUUGAGGCUAUCAUCAAGCUCAUUGGACUGAGAUGGCAUUACUUCCGACAAGCCUGGAAUGUUUUUGACUUCAUCAUUGUUGUUUUGUCCAUAGUGGUAAAUGCUUCUGAGGUAAUCGAAAUUAAGACUGAAGAUAAAGGCAUUGUGAUGAGAGAUUUUCUGUCCACUGUGGUUGUGACUCCAACACUUCUACGUGUGGUUCGCAUUUUUAGAAUCGGUCGUGUCCUUCGUCUGAUAAAAGCUGCUAAAGGAAUACGAAAACUGCUUUUUGCUCUGAUUAUCUCCCUUCCAGCCAUCUUCAACAUUGGAGCGCUGCUGUUCCUCCUCCUCUACAUAUAUGCAAUCAUAGGCAUGUCUUCGUUUGGAAAUGUCAAAAUAACCGGCAGAAUGGAUGACAUAGUCAACUUCAAAACAUUCUUUAACAGUUUUAUGUUAAUGCUGCGAUUGUCCACUUCUGCUGGCUGGAAUGACAUCCUCGAUCCCCUGCUGAUUUCUGAACCAGACUGUGAUCCCAAUUUCAAGACUCUGCCGAACGGGACCAAAGUGCCGGAUGGUUCUGGAGACUGCGGAAUACCCUGGCUUGCGGUUCCGUUCAUGGUGUCUUAUAUUGUAAUAAUCUACUUGAUAGUUAUUAAUAUGUACAUAGCCGUCAUUCUGGAGAACUUCAACCAGGCGCAUCAGCAGGAGGAAGUUGGCAUCACAGAAGACGAUUUUGAUAUGUUUUAUUCCGUGUGGGAGAGAUACGACCCGCAUGCGACCCAGUUCAUAAAAUACGAUCAGUUGCAAGACUUUGUUGCCGAUCUCGAUGAACCGCUAGGCCAUCCGAAGCCCAACGAAAUCGCUCUGGUGGCUUUCAAUCUUCCAAUAGUAGAAGGAGAUAAGAUCCACUGCAUCGAUAUUCUGAUAGCACUUGUACGAUCGUUCCUAGGCGAGGUGGACGAAACACAGGAGUUCAAAGAGCUUAAGACACAGAUAGAGAUGAAGUUUCAAGACGUGUUUCCCUCGCGGGUGAACAUGGCGGUGAAAUCGACCACCAUGCAGCGGAAGAAAGAGGACGUGGCUGCCCGGACGUUACAGAGGGCGUGGAAGAGCUUUAAGACUCAGCGCAUGCUGAAAAACAUUACCUCCUUAGCCAUCCAACAAAACCUGUCGCACACAAUGCAACACGACUUUCGCCCAAGAGCCAAUAGCAUUGUCAGCUUAGGCCGCAGACUCAGUUUGGCAUUGACUUCAUUUUUCGGCUCCCGGCCAGGCAGUGGUAGCAGUCUCAAUAGUGCCGGUCGUAGUCAAGUGUUGGUCACUGUCACUCCCAUAGGAAGGAAAAACAUAACCAAAAAUACUCUGCAGAUGCCAUCAGUGAAUGCCAUGUAUGAGAACGAUUCAAAAGAUGAUAAGUUUCAAUUGUGAUGAAGAGAGAAAAAAUUAUUUGAAUGGUGAAGACCACUGGGUUUUUUUACAAGCUUGUUUAUGUUGAUCUGUGUGUACAAAACUUAAAAUAGUCUUGGCUUUAAUUUAAGGCCCAGACUUGGAUCGUGAUGUCAUGUUUGAUUCAGAUUGAAAUGGUGUUCAUAUGUGUCUAAACUUCCAAGUGUGAUCCUGGUGUAACAAUUAAUGCAUGAUGUGGUCGCUUGGAGGGCAGUGUGAAAUACAUUCAUGGAUAAUCUUUCCAUGCACAGAUGGCUACUUUAACAUUUGUAGUCAUGUAUAUUUAUAUUGUUGAUACUUAAUAUUUUAUAUUUGUUUUAUGUUUAUGGGGCACUAAACAUGUGCUGUUUAAUUUUAAUUUAAUUUAAUUAUUAUUUUUUUAACUUUUAAAGUUAUUUUGCUUCAUCUGUUUUUUAAAGUGUUGAUUUACCGGUAUUUAAAAUUAGUUUUUAUUAUCAGUUUUAUGGCACCUUUGUCAUAACAUAGAUACCAAUAAUUCAGGUGUUUUUUAAUAUACACAUAUUAUCCGAGUAGAUAUAUUGUAAUGUGUUACAAACUAGUAUACAGUAUUGUGGAGUGGUGAUAAAAACACCAUGUUUCCAAAUUUGUAUUUUAAAAAAUAUAAUAAUAUGUUUAAUUCUUGAGAUGUGUUUGUAACACAUAAUUAUAUAGUUACUCGUUUACACUCCAACAUUUUACAAAAUUCUAAACUUAUCUACUAAAGUCUAAGAUAAUAGUGUCUCCCCCAAAAAAUUAUCUUAAAGUUUUCACAAAAUUAGUACUGUAUAUUCCAGGAUUUUAACAACACUUAUACAGGUAUAGCCACUCAAAAGGUAACCAGAGUCAAAGUAAUUGAUGUACUUUACAUGCCAUCUCUGCAUUUGGAAACAGUUUACACCGACCAAUGAAGUUCAAAGGUCACAAAGUACAGGUACAUGUAGUAUCAUGCUACAAUAAUUAUUCCAUUCAGAAUUCAGAAUUACGUACUCAAUAGGGUAUUAAUUAUUUCGGAAAGUGCCUGAGAUAAAAUCCAAAUCUGAUACCUGUUGAAUCUACAUGUUGAAUAAUAAAGAUUUUCUGUACAGGGUAUUUAUUAAGUGUUGCAGCAAAGUUGUGAUAUCGGUUGAUUUGAGAAAUUCCUUGAUGUGCACGUUGUGCUUAAUCAGGCACGGUGGUAGUAAAUUUUAAGGCAGAGAUGAAUUUUACUUGUAGAAUGCAUGAAAUUGCAUUUUAGGACAUCUAGGUUUCAAAAUUUUACGGGGGAGCAUACACCUGAACCCCCCUAAAAACGUUUAUUUCUGUCCUUGAUCUCAGUCAGCCCCCACAAUGUCAACUUGCUUCCACUGUGCCUGUUAAUGUUGAGCUAUCACUAAUACACCACAGUACCAUGACUUAAAUAAAUAGCCAUAAUACCCUGGGGGUACAGUAUUUAUUAUUAAUAAUUUUUUGUAAUUAUAAAUUUUUUGUAAUUAUUAUUUUAUUAUUAUUUCAUUUUUUAUAAUAUCCAAUACAAAGACUUGUGGCAGUGGAUUUCAAACAUAAAUUGGAGGUAAUAAAAUAAAAUUGGACAUAGUGCAAAGUGUAACUAUUUUUUAGACAGUUACUAGGUUUCAAAAUGUGAAAAGGAUCUAAUAUAAUUCCACAUGGAAUAUUUUUAGUUUAGGUACUAUAGCAACAACAAUUAUUAUUUUAAUUUUUCAGUAAUGUAUUUAUUGUCUUGAGAAUAAAUAUUUUAUUUAUUUCAUAAAUUAUAAACAAUGUCAAAAUCUGAUGUACAUGUAUGCAUGUCCCAAUACAUUUUUUAAAGAUAGGAAUUUAUUAAAUUACAACUUCAGUAUUUUAAAUGUUUUCUUUUAGAAUACCACAACAAUUAUUGCCUUCAUUGCUAUGUAAUAUGUUUUUAAUCAUCUUGUGAAUAUAUAGUGCAAAGCAUAAGUAUUUUUAUGUAUAAAUACUUUACCUUGGAAAAUUUACUUUAUACUUGAUAAUCAAGGAUGGUAAUUCAAUGUGGGUGUACAUGUGAUGUUAGUUUGUAUGUUUGAAUGUGCAUGUAUACUAUGUUCCUGUGAUGUAUGAAAAACACUGUUGAUUUCUAUGGAAGAUGCCAAAUUUUGUACAUUGUUGUUGAAUCUGUAAAUACUAAAAUAUUGAAAGCAUGGCUUUUUAUUAGCAUUUCACUUGCAUGAUGGCAUUAUAGAUUUUUUGUUUUCUUUACUCCAAUCGGAAAUGUGUAUUUCUUAAUGUUGCUCAGAACAAUUCAGGGAACAAUAACUGUGGCACAAUAACUAACUUUAAGUUCAGAUCGGGUUGAUAUUUUAACAAUUACAGUAAAGUGCACUUACAACGUACAUGCUUAUAAUGAACUAUUGCUUAGAACGAACUGAUCGUGAAGUCCCGUUUUAUCUCCCUAUACAUUAAUAACCAACUUGUGCAAAUGCGUACGACGAACUACUGCUAUUAUGAACUUAUUAUCAGGGUCCCUUCUUGUUCGUUAUAAGAGUACUUUACUGUAACAAUAUUUCACUUAUGGCAUACAAUCGCAGGAAGAAAGGAAGAUGAAGCUAUAGGUAAUGUUUAUUAUUUAAAAUGAGAUAAUUUAGGGCUAUAACUAGUAGGGGCUGGGACAGAGUUGUCUCCCCCCCCAAAAAAAAACCCAGUUAAAAAUUAAAAAGUUCCCUUUCAGUUUACAAGUACGGAAAAACCUGUCUAAACCCAACCCUGAUCAUACCGGAAUCCUGUCAAAACCAGCCACCUUUCAGUGUCCUAAAUUUUCUAAAUUCUAAACAUGGGAUCGUGUCUAAAUUGGAUAAAUAUUAGGUCCCCAGUGUGAUCUGGUUUGGACAGGUUUCACUGUACCGGGUACUUGAGGUCUUGAAGACCUCGUACUAUUGUGCAGUAAUUUAUUUUUCACUGCAACCCCAGAUAUUUUAAGCUGGGUUCACCCUACCUUUAGAAAGUGUCCCAUAUGCAUGAACUGGGCGUAUAGCGUAGUCCCAGACAAACAACAAAGGCUGCCAUCUUUCUCAGUUUAUGAUGACAACAACUAGGGAGUUAGUGCUGGCACUGCUUCUGGUACAGAAAUAUCUCCUAACUAAACUGGAAACUGGACUUAACGAAGUUGUGUUCAUAUAUCCUGAAUAAUGGUAGUUGGCUAUAGCUUAGGAGAUGCCACUAGAUACUCAUGUAUACGGACUCACAUUUACAUAUCUGGAACAGUUCAAAAACAGUUUUCAACUGACAGAGCUGUUUAUAGUAAUUAUCUAUUCAUUAACAUUAAAGUAAUUAACACUGAUACAAGAACAUGCCGCAAUAUAUUAUGUUUCCUCUAUUGUUUUGACUAACAUAUGAAAGAUCUUUAACCGGUAGAUUUUAUGUCAAAUCCUGGUUUUAAAACAUGGAUUUUACUUUUUAUUAGCAAUUGUUGAAAAUGGUUUUAAUUUCUUUUAGAAUCACUGUUUCUAAUUCUAUUUACUUCUUAGAAGGAACAAAAAAAAAAUUCUUUCUCCUUCAUUGUUUCUUUAUGAUAUUCUGGGUUAUUAUAGAUCUAUUCUCUUUAAAAAAAAAAGGAAAAGAAGUAAAAUUAAUUAUGGCAGAAAAAUAUAAUAAAAUAAUAUUGCUACAAUGUUUAUGAAUUAGUUGGGUUACAGUAUGACCAUUUGGACUAAAUAAAAAAAUAAAAAUUC